ACUGUGUCAGUGCAGGACGGUGGUGACCACUAACGUUAGCUGUCUUUAGUCCCCCACGAAAGCCAGACUGGAAGGCUGUGUGGUAGCCAGAGCUGGCAGCUCCUGCUGAUCCACGCUGGAGGAAUGCACGCAGGGGUCGGACAGGGGUUCCCUAUGAGACCCUAAAUAAGCGCUUCCGUGCGGCUCAGAAGAAUAUAGACCGGGAGACCAGUCACGUGACCAUGGUGGUUGCUGAGCUGGAAAAAACCCUCAGCAGCUCCUUCCCUGUGGUGGACUCAGUGGUCUCACUCUUGGACGGUGUAGUUGAAAAGCUCAGCGCACUCAAAAGAAAGGCGGCAGAGUCCAUCCAAGCAGAGGAUGAGAGUGCUAAGCUCUGUAAGCGACGCAUUGAACAUCUAAAGGAGCACAGCAGUGACCAGCCUGCCAAUGUCAGUGUGUGGAAGAGGAAACGCAUGGACCGUAUGAUGGUGGAGCAUUUGCUGCGCUGCGGCUACUACAACACCGCAGUCAAGCUUGCCAGGCAAAGUGGCAUUGAGGAUUUGGUCAACAUUGAGAUGUUUCUCACUGCAAAGGAAGUGGAAGAAUCACUAGAAAGACAGGAAACAGCCACCUGUCUGGCCUGGUGCCAUGACAACAAAUCUCGUCUGCGGAAAAUGAAGAGCUGUUUGGAGUUCAGUUUGAGGAUCCAGGAGUUUAUUGAGCUCAUUCGACAGAACAAACGCAUGGAUGCAGUAAGACAUGCACGGAAACACUUUAGCCAAGCAGAAGGUGGGCAGCUGGAUGAGGUACGACAGGUGAUGGGCAUGCUCGCCUUCCCUUCUGACACUCACAUUUCCCCAUACAAGGACCUUCUGGACCCAGGUCGCUGGAAAAUGCUUAUCCAGCAGUUCAGAUAUGACAACUACAGAUUACACCAGCUGGGGAACAACUCUGUCUUCACUAUCACUCUACAAGCAGGGCUGUCUGCCAUCAAAACCCCGCAGUGUUACAAGGAGGACGGAACCUCCAAAAACCCAGAUUGCCCUGUAUGCAGCAAGUCUCUUAACAAGUUGGCUCAGCCUCUCCCCAUGGCCCACUGUGCCAACUCCCGUCUGGUGUGUAAAAUCUCUGGCGAGGUCAUGAAUGAGAACAAUCCACCCAUGAUGCUGCCUAAUGGCUAUGUUUAUGGCUACAACUCUCUCUUGUCUAUUCGCCAAGACGACAAGGUCGUGUGCCCCAGAACCAAAGAGGUCUUCAAUUUCUCCCAGGCUGAGAAGGUCUACAUCAUGUGAUGAGACCUCCAGAGGGUAGUUCUUGGUUCUUUGCGACUCCACCCUGGGCUGAAUGAGUCCCAAAGUGACACCUCCAGUUUAAGGGCCUCAGUUCCCCCAGCCUACAAGACUCUGCAAGACUGAAUUCAGUUGUCGACAUGUUCUCUACUGGCCUGCCAAACCUUCACUGAGAGAAAGAAUCGAUUAGAAUCGUUUAGAAUCGAUUUGAGGUUAAACAGUGCAACUGAAUGGUAAUGAUAGAGAGGAAAGUAGGUCAUUUCAAAUAGUUGAUAUUUUGGCAUUUCCUUUAAUUGGUUCUUUACAGUUGAGUGAUGAGGACAAAAGGACAUGGCUCAAUAUCAUAUUUAUAUCUGAGAGCUUCUGCCUUUUUAGUGUGUUUCAAACCUGACUAUUCAUUGGUUUUGAUCAAGGGCACACCCAUUUUGCAACUCUCUUUUUAGGCAGAUUGUGACUGGGUCAUAUUGCCUUGCUUAAGCACCUGUGAAAUCUGUUACUACUUCAGUUAAACUGAUACUGGCAUACUUUUGAUAAAUUAGCUCAUUGUUCUUACAGUAACCUGUUAGAAAUUACAGUAGCAUCAUUCGCAAUACUUCUCACGUAACUCUCGGUUGACGUAACUAGAUGUAGAAAGACAUCACAGUGGGUAGUAACUAGCUAUAGAUAAAAAAGGUUGCUUUUAGCCUACAUUUUACAUUACAUGCCGUGUGUAGCCAUAUCAAUGACUGGUAUCAUCAUUACCAUCCAUCAUCAUUAUUACACGCAGUACUGCAGUGUGGAGUAACGCAGCAUCUUAUCAUGACCAAAGUCAAACUUGUUAGGUCAAGUGUAGCAGGAUUGCAUUGUGACCAAUAAGUCUUAACAUUUUCGAGGUGGCUUUCUAAGGAUUUCUGUAUGUUUAGCAAAUCACUUAUGGUGACUCCAUGAUGACGGUCAUGCCAGUUUAAGUGGUGUUUGGGAUUAAAGAUGAACGCAUUCAUUUACCAAAGCAGUCUGUGUUGUCUGGAUCUCAGGAUAGAUUUGUGUCAUACACAGUGCAUUAACAUGGUCUGAUUUAGUAUGACUUCAUACUAAACAAAGACCACUGUAGAAUUCUUCCCAUUUCCCUUAAUAGGCUGUCUUCCUAUUUUGUGUUAGGUCUUAAUGGUAUGCCCUACAUGGGUUUGGGAUUGAUGUGUUUCGUUCACAUUGUUUUGAAUUAAUCACUAAUCAGAAACCAUUUAAAAAGUGUUCUUCAGAUAAUCAUUUCAUGAUUAUUUUGAACAACAACAAAAAUAUUUUUUGUACUGCUGUUCAAGCACACAUUUUCUAUUUCAGAGUUCUCACUGUUUUCUCAGAUUUCACAGGAGCAACUGCAGGUAAACUGAUGGGUAGUCUAUGAGCACCCAGACCCUAUUUUUUUAAGCACACCACCAUUUUUCCUUUGUAUUAUCAAGUUGCUUUCAAAUGUGCUAUUUUAUUGUGGAAGUGUGGAAAGGCUACUUAGAUACAGCUCCUGCAUGUGUAUAUUCUUAGGGUAGUUGGGUUGUUAUUGUCUAGUCACCAAUAAAAUCUAUUUGAUUAAA